CGGCAACGCAGCACAACUGGGUGAAUUGACUGGCAAACCCGCCCAGUACAAAGUACCUACCUACACCACAACCAGAGCUCCUACGAUUUGACGCGCUAAAGUACUGGCACAGCAAACCACAACCCAGACAGACGCCGCAACUGCAACCAGCAACGGGCUGCAGCUACAUACUACCUACUUUCUUACCUCUGCCUUCCCAUUCACCAUUCAGCAUUUCUCGUGGGACGACGGACAGUUUGAAAUUUCCUCCACCUUCUCCAACAACCAAAAAAAAAAAAAAAACAACCACGGAUUUUCAACGAGGCACGGCAGUCAUCAAACGACGGACACACCACGUCGCCAUUUUCUUUGUCCGCCAUCUGUUCGGCACCCCCCCCCAACGAACACCCAACGGACUCUUUAUCGUCGCUCAUUCAUUCAACUUUAUCGUGGUAAUUGCAUCCUUUCCAUUCAUUUUGCGACGCCUCGUGGACCGACGCUUGUCUUUGUCUUCACUUCACACCUCCAAAUCGGCCUAGAAACAGUUGGACUGCCUCAGCUUUUCUAACUUGACCUUCGCACACUCUUUCUGACCGAACCCUUGCUUGAUCUUGAAAACGCUCCCUUUCUCCUGCGAUCCGUCUACUAUCCUCGGUCCUUGGAGUUAUCAUCUUGACGGACAUCGUUUUUCUCUGACACCUUUUCGUUGCAUCUUAGUCAAGGUCUCACAGUGAAGUCAAAGUCAACUGGACCUCACACUUGCAAACGAAACAAACAACAACCACAACAAGAUACCCUACACUCAUCUCGACCGACCACAAGGGCGAUCAACGAAAGAGAAAAGUGCGGACAAGAGCGCCGCCAGCAACAAUAGAUGACGCAACAGCCGUCACUUUACUGCCGCCGAUAGAGAGAGCAGCACCAUGCCUCCCAAGCGCAAAAGAUCCGAUCACCGAGGCCUGCCCGACUCUGGCCCCUCCAGACCUCCCCCUCACCGACCCUCCGAUACGUCGCUAGGACAGCAUGACAGAGGCUAUGAUGGAGGACGCGGUGGCCGUAAUGGGAGAAACGCCCGGAGACCCGAUCGUCGCGACUCGAAUCAGCCCUACAACAAUCCCAACCCCCCCAUACCCUCGUCCGCUUCCCGCCCUCCGAGCUCUUCCUCGGCCAACAACCUACCGCCGAUAAACACUGCGCCAUCAACACCAGCCCCAAACCCGAUCGCGCCGGCGCCGGCCCUUAUACCAGCCCCGCCACCUCAGCCAACAUACUCGGCACCUCCUUCACCCAUCCAGCCCGGGUACGAUUAUAGCAUCAUCACCGAUGAUCGCGUCUCCAGGUGGUCCAAAGGCGCGCGUCAAGAAGUCAUCGACCAUGGUGUCCAGUCACGCGACGACGAGGAUCUUACCGAGGUUGCCGCCAUAUUUCAGGAACUCAUCCACUCUGCUGUCGACGGUCGUCUUCCCGGUUCCGAUGCUGGCAAGGUGAUCAAGGAUAUACUGGGUCCCGAGCCUUCGGAGGCUGAUCGUGCCGCCCUGGCUUUCGAUGCCCAUACCCUGUUUCUCGACACCGUAGCCACCUUUAUGGACGUGGAAAAUGCGCCUUUCCGGCCCCAGCUCCGCGAUCUCAUGUACGCCACAGAGGUGUCGACCACCCUAAUGCGGCAAAUCCUCGACCCUGCAGUUCUUCAGCCACUGGGCCUCGUCCGCGAUACGUUCGUGCGUGUGGGCAUCCGGCAGUCCACGAAUCUGCUCUAUCGCCAGGCGAACUACAACCUUCUGCGAGAAGAGACAGAAGGCUACUCUAAACUUGUUACCGAACUGUUUACGACUAGUAGUGCGGAACCGCCAUCUUCCGAGGUCGUGCAGGCUGCCUUCAACAAGGUUAUGGGCCUUAUUGGAACAUUUGACCUGCACCCAGGCCGCGUUCUCGAUGUCACGCUGGACGUGUUUGCCUCAGUACUCAUUAAACAGUUCAGGUUCUUUAUUAAAUUCUUGCGCGUGAGUUCCUGGUGGCCUCGUACCCAAAUCAAACUCCCACCCCACACAUUUGUUGGCGGCUUGCCUAUAUGGGCCCUUCCCGACCACUCCAACUGGGUUGCGAGCGAAGAGGAAGAAAAGGCUAUUGCUGCCCAGCGUCUGAAACGCGAUAUUGCCUUCUGGGACAGAGCACGCAAGAUUAAACUUGAUGCAUUCUUCGAGCUCGGUGGUAGGCAGGUCACCAAUCUGGAAGACGAGGAGCUUCCGGAUGCCAGCACGAAGAGCGGACAGGAGAACAGUAUUGAAAAGGAUUGGAUCAGAAUCACCAAAACCCUACCACCUACCGGGAACCGCGAUGCAGCCCAGAUGCUGGGUUUCAAGUUGCGUUUCUAUACAACAGAAGCUAGGGAUAGUGAAGACAUGCUCCCUGCAAACCUUCUCUAUCUUGUAGCCCUUCUCAUCAAGGUUGGCUUCAUCACCCUGACAGAUCUUUGGGAGCACAUUUGGCCACCGGACGACAUGAUGGAGGCUGUCAAGGAAGCCAGGUUCAAGGAGCUGGAUGAAAAGGAGAGGGCAAACCGACCUGGAGGUGCCGCUAAUGCGUUGAUGAUGGCCGGAGCCCUUCCAGAUGACAUGGCCCCUCCUCCAAUGAACAGUCGCCGCGACAUGGCCCAUGGAAAGACUGAUGCUGAUUCCAAGUCCACGACCGAGACAGCCGAAGAGAAGCCCAAGCUUCCAGAGCCUGAUGACCAAAAGGUUAUUCUUCUCAAGUGUCUUCUCACGAUUGGUGCUAUCCCGGAAUCUUUGUUCAUCAUAGGACGACAUGACUGGAUUCUUCAAGCACAUCCCGACCUCAUUCCUCUUGUACACCGUAUCCUUCACCACUCUGUCGAAACCGUCUAUCAACAAAGCCGCCCUCAACCGAAAUCUUCGUCUUCGGCCAAUUGUCCUGGCAAGAAACUUCCAGACCCGGACCAAUCUGGGGUUCCUAAGGGCAGUAUUAGGCUCGCCGGUGUCACUCCUAAACGCGCCUUGAGAUGGCCGUUCCCGGACGCCGAGACCAGUGAAGGAGGUGGAUACCGCUUUUACUGGGACGAGUGGGCGGAUAAUGUUCCUGUCUGUCAAACUGUCGACGACAUCUUCACGCUCUGCGAUACCUUGGUAAACGUAAUUGGCGUGAGCAUCGGCCAGGAUGCUGGUCUGAUUGCGAAGCUCACAAGCAUCGGCGCCAAGAGCAUGGCUGAUGAUCAGUCACCGGUCAACCGUUCCCGCUGGCUGUUGCUACUUAAACGCCUGCUUGUGCCUUCCUUGAGUUUGCUGGAAACCAACUCCUCGGUUGUUGACGGUGUCUGGACACUUCUCAAACAGUUCCCAAUUCAUGUGCGAUACAACGUCUAUGCCGAAUGGUACGAGGGUCAGACAUCCCGACUCGAACCCAUGAAGAAGGCGUUUGCACGAACCCGACUAGAGACGCUCAGUACCAUGAAGCGUUUGUCUUUAACGAAUAUCCCACAGAUGGCCAAGACCCUUGCCAAAACCGCUUAUCCAUCACCCGGCAUCGUUUGCAAGGUCGCGCUGCAGCAAAUCGAGUCCUACAGCAACCUGAUUGAGGCUUUCGUGGAGUGCGCCAAGUAUUUCACAGACCUUGGUUACGAUGUCCUCGUCUGGUCUGUUCUUAGCUCUCUUGGUGGACAGCAGAGAAGCCGGACACAAGAAAGCUCGGUGCUGCUUACCAGCAAAUGGCUCCAGGCCCUGUCCAGAUUCUCCGGCAAGGUCUUCCUCCGCUACUCUACUAUGGAUCCCACACCUAUCCUUCGUUAUGUGGACAACCAGCUUUCCAAGGGUAACUCCACUGAUCUCGUCAUCCUCAAGGAGUUGAUCUCUUCCAUGGGAGGUGUGGUUUCAGACCUGGAUUUCACCGAUGCACAACUUCAUGCCAUGACUGGUGGUGAGCUUCUGAGACGCGAAACUCUAACCAACUUGGGUGAUAAGCGUUAUACUUCGACCAAGAGUGCCGACCGACUCAUUCAGGCGCUCAUGACUAACGGACUUGCUGGCCGCCUCCUAGCCAACAUCGCUCAGUACCGCCAAAGCGCCAUUUCUGCGGUUGUUCAAGGCGAUGCUCAUAUCAAGUAUCUAGCCACCAUGGCAGACGAUACUCACCAGGUGCUACUGCAGUAUCUGGACCUUCUCCGCAGUAGUCUUGAUGGAGAUACCUUCAACAACCUUGUUCCCAGCGUCAUCCGACUCAUGCGCGACUACGGUCUUGGGGCAGGUCUUGCCUUCUUGAUCGGACGGGCCAGUAUUCGCACGGCUAUGAACCGAGUCCGAGGCCAGUCGGAGAGUCAGGCGCCGGUUGCCUCAGCUGCUCCUGACACGGACGGAGAUGUGACCAUGACUACAGCAAAUGGUGAUGAUACUGUGAAUACGCCUGCCGCCGACGGCCAAACUACAGCAUCGGCUCAAGGCGCAAAUGAACGGAAAGUGGAUCCCGUUUUGGAGCCUUUCCAACCUGUCAUUGACGAGAUUCCCACUGUCCUGUCAGGGGACACUCUCCAGUACCUUACUCCCACCUGCUACGUCCUCUUCUGGGCUUUGCAGCUGGGCGACCUUUCUUUCCCACAGGAUAACUACAGUGACGAAAUUAACAGGCUCAAGAAGCUUGCUAGGGAGGUAAUGAACGACAGAUCGGACAUGACACGAGCUGGAAUGAACAAGAAGACGCAGAAACAAGCCGAAAUCAACGCCCGAGUGUCCUCUCUUCUCAAGGAGAAUAGCGAAGAGCUCCAACGAUACUCGAAGUUCCGCUUUCAGCUGAGCAGACAGCUCACUACUUGGUUCCCGGCUGAUAUCACGAAAGUCGAUGUGACGGCAGAUACCAUGCUUGAGGAAUGCAUCCUUCCUCGGUUGCAGCUUUCUGCUUUGGAUGCCGAGUACAGUUUCAAGUUCCUCAAGUUCCUUCACGAGUUCUCAGCACCAAAUUUCAAGCUCAUGUCACUCUACGACCGACUUUUCAACCACAACAGGCUCCGCAGUAUGCUCUUCACUUGCACUGUACGUGAAGCGGAGCACAUCGGUCGGUUCCUAAAGUGCAUUCUCAGCGAGCUCUCGAAGUGGCAUGGUGACAAGAAUGCUUACGAGAAAGAAGCAUUGGGCUCGAAGGAGGUGCAAGGCAAGAAGACAAGGAACUACGUUGGUUUCGCUACUGCUUUUGACGCGGAUGGGAAACCCACGGCUUUUGUUGAACACGAUGCGUUCCGUGACCUCCUCUUCAAGUGGCACAAGGAGCUCAACUCAGCACUGAGAGCAUGCCUCAAUGACAUGGAGUGGAUGCAUAUCAGGAAUGCCAUUACAGUUUUGAAGGCUGUCAUCGACUUCUUCCCAGCAAUCAACUUCAUGGCCGAGAAGUUCUUGGAGCAACUCAAAACCAUCACUGAGCGAGAGGCUGCAUCCAAGAACGCUCCUGAGACCGAGGAAGGCCAUCGAGUCGAUCUUUCGGUCACAGCACAGACGGCGUUCUCGGAGCUACAAAAGAGGAAGUCCAAAUGGAUCCUGGUUCAGGCGUUCCGCCCUGGUACAACGAGUGAUUCGAAGGAGGAAGGCAAGUCCUCUCUUCGCGCUGCGGCAGUAGCCCUCAAGUCCAAUUCUCAUGGGCGGAAACAGACCGCCGCCGAGGUUGAAGAUGGCGAAGUCAAGGAUAACAGAAGUGGAAGCGGACGAUCUAGCGCGGGCUCUGGAAACCAGAAGGACUCGACUCCGACAAGAAACCUCCCUACUAGGGAGGCGCAAAAGGACGCUAAUCCUCCACAAAGGUCGAUGGGAGGUAAUGGGCCGCCUCCUCGACCUCCAGCGCCUAAUGCAGGCCCGCUACCGUCCAAACUCCCUGGAAACCGCAAUGAUGUCAACAGACCAUCAACUCUAAACCCUGGCGGUCGUGGCCUGCCCAGUAAUCCUGAUCUGCCAAGGAGACCAGAUGUGCCAAUUCCAGAGGUUUUCAGCGCCAGUCAAUUCAACCGAGGCCAGCACAACAUGAACAACAGAAGAGAACCCCCUUCAUCUAGGGAUAGCCGUGAUGCCCGAGAGCCGCGUGAGACUCGGGAGCCGCGCGAGACACAUCCUCGUGAAACGAGGGAGCCUGUGCAUGGUCGGGAUAGCAGAGACUAUCGAGCCCCGGAAACGUCACGCUCUGAACGACCGCGCGACUUCCCAUCAACCGACAGACGUCCUGCGGAACCGCCUACAAGGGACUCGUCUCGCCAAACCGAUAGGGAUUGGCCGAAUCGUGCGGAACUCCCACCUCGUUGGACUGAACCUGCAGCUGCUCCUGGCCGUGAUGGCCGGCAACCACGAGACAGAACGCCCCAUGGUGCUAACCGGCAUGAUGGAAGACUCUCUAGGGAAAAUGCAGGUGCGGCACCUUCACCGGCUGCGCCAUCUCACAGUGACGCACCAGAGCCGCCUAUCAACCCGGAACGUGCUCGACUUCUAGCAGAAGCCGAACAGAAGCAGUCUCUUCCCACCCCACCGAGAGCUGCUGAACAGCAGCACUCUCAUAUUAACCCGGCGAGAGCUGCUCUCAUCACCGACGUUCGUGAGCCGCAGGGCCGCUCCUCGUCCAGGGACCAAACUCGCGAACGACCUCCUCGUACGGAAUCUCCCAGGGCAUCUGAACGGUCGACGAACAGCCAGGCCGAUAACGCUCGCGACGACCGUCAAGGUCGCCAUCGACAUGCGGAUUACCACAGCAGCAGCCGUGACGGUCAUGCUCACGGAGAUAGCGGAUCGUUACACGGCCGCCUAGACCGCCCCGCUGAAAUGGAGAGACCAGGAGGAUCCAGAGAUGGUUCAUACAAUCAGCCUCCUCCUCGUGGCAUGGACCAUGACCAUGGCAGACCUGUCCAACAAGAUCCCAACUACGGUAGGCUGAAUCCUAUCCAGUCAGUCGUCGACAGCGGACCGGCACCAGUACCGACAGUGACUUCGGGGUCCGGUGGUCCACCCCCAUCAGGCCCACGGGGUCGUGGUAGGAAUAACGCUAGAAUGGGUCCUGCUAAUGGAGUCCCAAUACGUCCCGACGGCCGGUUCCCGGGCAUGGAAGCCAACCGUACCUCUUCACCUGAUCGUCAGCCCCCGACUGGCCCUUCGUCUUCCCGACAGUCGCGUAGAGGUCAGUAUGACAAUGCAGGCGGCAAUGUCAACGCAACACCUUCUUCCCUGCCUGCCCAAUCUCCGGGUGUCCACCCUGAUCGGAUGAGCCACAUCAACCAGCAACCGCAGCAAGGCGGUCAAUCAAGUCAGCAACAACAAUCACAAGCUGGACCUCCGCCGCCUCCGCCCCAACCCCCUUCGGCUCCGGGCGUUCAUCCUGAUCGACUCAACCAAAUCAAUGGUCCACCUAGUCAUCGACCGACUGGCCCAAGUGCCCAUAACCGGCCCCCAAUCAACACUCCAGAUCGGCCCUCCAUGUCUACACCCAACAACAGCGGACGGCAACAACCGUCUGGACAGCAUGGCUCGAACUUCGUCACUCCUACCGGCCCAUCAGCUUCUAACAAUGACCGCAUGCGAUCUGGCGGAGGAAGCAGACAGCUUCGUGGUAUUCAGAACAUGCUUGAUAAAGCAUCCAUGGACGCUCGCGGGCCUGGUUCGCGCAUGCGCGGGUCGUCAAGAAUCAACACCAUGGUGGAUUCGGAUGCCCAAGUACUAGCUGGUGCGUCACCUGGCAACACACCUGUCAAUGACAGGCCCGACCCCCUCAGGGACAUUCGUGAGAGCGGUUCGCGCAGGGAAAUGAGCACGGAUCGCGGCGAUCGAGAACGGGACCGUGGCAGAGAGACUAGAGAUCGGGAACCUAGAGAUCGGGAGCCACGUAGUGGUCUGGCGCCCAUCCAAGUUGUCGGUGACAGUCGUGAGGAUUCCUCGUCGAUCCCACACGGCGGUCAUUCCCGUGGUGACGUGAACGGAGAAGGGUACGGCUCCAGCAGCAGAGGAGGAGCCGGCGGUGACCACGAGCGCGGAAGUAGCCGGCACCAUAGCUCUCGUUCGGAGAGAAGCGACCGACCUUCGAGGAGAAGCAGCCGUGAGCGCAACCCCGGUGGUGGUGGUGGUGGUGGUGGUGGUGACGGCAAGGAGUCGAGCUCUAGAAGCGACUAUUCUAGGGAAAGCAGGAGCCGCGGCGGCGGCGGCGGCCCAUCGACGGCCAACGCACCUGGUGGCCCCAGUGCCGACCUUAUGACGGGCGGGUCGUCGCGUGACCGGAGAUCCGGCCGCGAUUCAAAUGCAGGCAGCGGAUCUGGUCACAGAGGCGGUGGAGGAGACAUGCCGCCGCCACCACCCUCAAGAGAACCCAGUCACCGCGGCCAUGGCAGCCACAGAGGUGGAGGCGAUGGAUCAGGUCAUGGCCAGGGUGGAGCGCCGCCUAUGGGAGGUGGAAGGAGUGAUGGCCAUGGUAGGCCCCCUCGCGAAUCAAGAUCAUCCAGGCCUAGCGGACCUAGUGGUGGUCACGAUGAUAUGAGAGGAGGCGGUGAUGACAGGUCAAGGAAACGGAGAGGUGAUGGAGUAAUCGAUUCGUCUCAGGGGCUUGGAGGCCAUCAGGACAAGCGGCCGCGUCGCUAGUAGCAAGGCGACCCGCGUAUAUCUGAUGAGUGGGUAUUCCGGACAAGGGAUAAUAAGGAAGAGAGGAAGCGGAGCGGCAGAGAAAGAAGUACAAGGAGAAGCACUGGAAGAUGAUGGCGAAAUCGAGGAAUGAGCCCACCAUGUCAGCCGUUGCAAAUGAUAACCCAAGCCCUACCCCUGGUCUGUGGCAACCUGUUGGGAAAGAUGUACCCAUAUCGACUGUCAUGAGGAGGAACUCACUAGAGGCGAAUUUCGCUGAUAUUUCAUCACGUUUCCGUAUCAGAUGGGAAUAAAGGAAAUCCAACGAAGAAUUGACGAAACCGUGAACAAAACAACGAUUAAGGACGGUGUUCAUCCAAGAGGGUGUAAGCGAAAAUGUCAGCGAACGACAACUAUCCAUUCUACCUGUACAUUACCAUAACAAAAAAUUUUGCUUUGUCGCAUUAUUUGCAUUGCAUGCAUGGAUUCGGUGUAGUCGUUUUGUUAUUUUAGACUUAGGCUACAUACCUGGUAUGGGUAUGAGGGUAUGGUACGUUAUGGUGAUGAUUUACUUGGGAGUUAUAGAUGAUUUGUCAUUUGUUUGCAGCUCGAGCGUGACGAUGAUGAGAAUUCAAGAACAAAAAUGUAGCCAAUUUCAUUUUCGACUUAAACUCU